CAACCACCUCGGUAGCUUGCUAGACAACAUAGCCGAUAGAUUCAAGCCAUUUCUACGCUUUCGAAGUAUAUUAGCUACUGUGUUUUAGACACACUUCUGUCGUAUCUACUUGUUAACCUAUUUAAUUUAAUAUUUCGUUAUUCUUUAUUCGUCAGCAAUAGUAUCUGGCUGGUUAAGUUAGCACUAGCCUAGUCGCUAAUUAUAGCUAGCUAGUUAACAUCCCCGACCAUGAGCUCCCUAAACUACUUUCAUCCUGUUAAAGAAGAGGAGAUCUGCUGGACGGAGAAAGAAGCUCUGGGGCUGAACGUUGUCGUGAAAGAGGAGAAGGAAGAGGAGGAUGUUACAGUUAAACAAGAAGUAGAGGGUGAGGCUGUUACAGUGAAAGAAGAAGAAGAAGAGGAAGACGUUUCAGUGAAAGAAGAGGAAGACGAGUUCAGAGUGAAAGAGGAGGAGGAAGAGAAAGAUGAUGAUGCAGUUUUUGGAGUGAAGAAGGAAGGGGAGAUUACUGUCACAUUGAAAGAUGAAGAGGUGGAGAUAGGAGAUCUGAUUAACACCAGAGAGAAAACAGAGUCUCACUCUGACAGCAGGAAGAGUCCUUCAAGGGAACCAGACCCAGAGACGCCAAAACCAGCCAGACAACACCACUGCUCCCACUGUGAAAAGAGUUUUUGCUGGUUAGGGAACCUAAAACUGCAUGAGAGGACACACACAGGAGAAAAGCCUUUCCAAUGCUCCCAGUGUGGAAAGAGUUUUGCUGUGUUAGCUAACCUGAAAAGACACGAGAGAAUACACACAGGAGAAAAGCCUUAUCACUGUGCCCAAUGUGGAAUGAGUUUUAAUCAGGAUGGGGACCUAAAAGCUCAUAAGAGGAAACACACAGGAGAAAAGCCUUUCCAAUGUUCCCAGUGUGGAAAGAGUUUUACUAAGAUAGGGCAAUUAAAAGAGCAUGAGAGAAUACACAAAGGAGAAAAGCCAUUCCAAUGUUCCCAUUGUGGAAAGAGUUUUACUCGGAUAGGAAACCUAAAAAAGCAUGCGAGACUACACACAGGAGAAAAGCCUUACCAAUGCUCCCAGUGUGGAAAGAGUUUUGCCGUGUUAGCUAACCUGAAAAGGCAUGAGAGAAUACACACAGGAGAAAAGCCUCAUCACUGUUCCCACUGUGGAAUGAGUUUUACUCAGUUAUGGGACCUUCAAGCUCAUGAGAGGAUACACACAGGAGAAAAGCCUUUCCAAUGUUCCCAGUGUGGAAAGAGUUUUACUCAGAUAGGGCACCUGAAAGCUCACGAGAGGAUACACACAGGAGAAAAGCCUUACCAAUGUUCCCAGUGUGAAAAGAGUUUUACCAUGUUAACUAACCUGAAAAGGCAUGAGAGAAUACAUAGAGGAGAAAAGCAUUUUCUGCUCCCAGUGUAAAAAUAGAUUCUCACGAAUGGCAGAACUUAAAGCUCAUGAGAGGAUACAGAAGAGAAAACCCUUUCCAAUGCUCCCAGUCUGGAUAGAGUUUUACCUGGUCAAGUAGCCUGAAGGAGUAUAAGAGGAUAAACACGGUAAAAGUCCUACCACUGCUGUCUGUGUGGAAGAACAUUCAGAGAACCUGAAAUCAAAUGAGAGAAUAGAAAGAGUGUAUUCUGACUUAUAUUUUUGACUGAGAAUUUGUGUUUUUGUUUAGGCCACACGAAAUCAUAUUGUAUAUGGUUACACCUGUCUAUAUAAGGUCUCACAGUUGACAAUGCAUGUCAGAUCAAACACCAAGCAAUGAGCUGGCCACCCGGCCAGACUGCGCAAUCGGGGGAGAAGGGCCUUUGUCAGGGAGGUGACCAAGAACCCGAUGGUCACUCUGACAGCUCUAGAGUUACUCUGUAGGGAUGGGAGAACCUUCCAGAAGGACAACCAUCUCUGCAGCACUCCACCAAUCAGGCCUUUGUGGUAGAGUGGCCAGACGGAGGCCACUCCUCAGUAAAAGGCACAUUAAAGCCCGCUUAGAGUUUGCCAAAAGGCACCUAAAGACUCUCAGACCAUGAGAAACAAGAUUAUCUGGUCUGAUGAAACCAAGAUUGAACUCUUUGGCCUGAAUGCCUUUCGGCAACCUCCAAGCUGGCAGUCAUGUGCCUUUUACUGUGGAGUGGAUUCCGUCUGCCCACUCUUCCAUAAAGUCCUGAUCGGUGGAGUGCUGCUGAGAUUGUUGUCCUUCCGGAAGGUUCUCCCAUCUCCACAGAGGAAAUCUGUAGCUCUGUCAGGGUGACCAUCGGGUUCUUGUUCCCUUCCCUGAUGAAGGCCUUUCUCCCCCGAUUUCUUAGUUUGGCCGGGUGGCCAGCUCUUGGAAGAGUCUUGGUGGUUCCAACCUUCCUCCAAUUAAGAAUUAUGGAGGCCACUGUGUUCUUGGGGACCUUCAAUGCUGCAGAAAUACCCUUCCCCAGAUCUGUGCCUUGACGCAAUCCUGUCUCAGAGCUCAACAGAUGAUUUAUUUGACCUCAUGGCUUGGUUUUUGCUCUGACAUCCACUGUUACCUGUGGGACCUUAUAUAGACAGGUGUGUGCCUUUCCAAAUCAUGUCCAAUCAAUUGAAUUUACCACAGGUGGACUCCAAACAAGUUGAAGAAACAUCUCAAGGAUGAUCAAUGGAAUCAGGAUGCAUCUGAGCACCAUUUCAAGUGUCAUAGUAAAGGGUCUGAAUACUUAAGUUAAGAAAUGUGCAAAAAUGUCUAAAAACUUAUUUUUGGUUUGUCAUUAUGGGGUUUUGUGAUGUCAUUAUGGGGUUUUGUGAUGUCAUUAUGGGGUAUUGUGUGUAGAUUUGAUGUGGGGGAAAAAAUCUUCAAGUUUAGAAUAAGGCUGUAACGUUUAAAAAAAAUGCGGGAUAAGUGAAGGGGUCUGAAUACAUUACAAAUGCACUGUAUACCGCUAGCAGAGUGUUGGCAGUUUUCUUCCGUUGGCAGAGUGUUGUCAAAGUUUUCUACCCCUGGCAGUUUUGUACACAGUCAUGUGAUACUUGGUAUAGAAAAGUCCAAUCUUAGAAGGGUACAUGGGAGGCACAAUACUGUGUGUCUGCAGGUGUCUGUCUGGUCAAAACCAGUGAUACAGUUGCCCCUCCACCCUCUGGUGGGAUGGAUCAUGUCUACAGAGAAACCUAGAUUCAAAUACUUAGAUUUGUGUGUAUUGGGUAUUUGUUGUGAAAUUGUUAGAUAUAGAGAACUAUCGACUCUAGAACCACAAGCAUUUCUCUACACCCGCAAUUAUAUCUUCUAAACACAUGUAUGUGACCGAUAAAAUGUGAUUAGAUUUUGAUUUGAAAUUAACGUCCUAUUUAUCGAAGGUGCUUUUGGCUGGGGUGACUCCAAAGGAUUUGAAUUUGUUAAAAGUCCAUAUUUAUACAGAAUCACUAAACCAUUAUUUUGAUUUAUUAAGAACAAGUUGAUUGACAAAGUCAUGAAAAAAUUGAAGAAUUGAAUAAACCACAUUUUGGCUAUGAUAAAAUAUAUGUCUCUGGUGUCAAAAUGAUCCAUGUUAGAACUAUGGUUCAAUUUAAAUAUGUAGUGGGUGUAAAGUUUGUUUUAAAUUCUCACUCAUUAAACACGUAUCAAUCAACACAUGCUU